CACACUCCACAUGCUGCUCUCCCUGUCCCUUACGUGACAAGACUUGGCGAACCGAUUAAAGCAGGACAAACCCUAUGCAUUAAGGGUGGCAUCAACAGUGAUGCUCAUAGAGUCGAGGUGAAUUUUCUUGAAGGCGCUGCUCAAAUCGAUCCUGGGCAGGCUGCGCUUCAUCUCAAUCUUCGUUUCGACGAGAAGAAAAUUGUGAUGAAUUCUUUCAUAAAUGGGGCAUGGGGGAAGGAAGAACGAGAAUCGAUGCCAUGCAAGUUGGGACAGCCUGUCGAACUAAGAAUUAGAGUGAACAACGAUUUUAUGGAAAUCUCCUGUGAUGGCAAGAAGUUGCACGAAUACAAACAUCGAUUGCCGUACGAGAAAAUCGAUUACCUUCAGAUCAAAGGAGAUUGCACUCUUAGCAGUGUGCACUGGGGAGGACGGUUCUAUGAAAUCCCAUGGGAGACGGCAUUCCCUGAUGGACAUCUUAAAGCCGGUCAGCGAAUUACGAUAUACGGAAUUCCCAAAGGUGAGCGAUGGAACCUCGACCUGCUCGGAAGGAAUGGUGAUGUUUUGUUCCACUUCAAUCCUCGUUUCAAAGAGAAACAUAUUGUGCGUAAUUCAUGCAAAGGUGGAGUAUGGAGCAACGAAGAACGCGAAGGUCCAUUUCCAUUCGAGAAAGAACGCGGUUUCACCCUUACCCUUGAGAAUGAGCCCUAUUCAAUGCAGAUCUUUGUGAACGACGACCGUAUCGGCACAUUCGCACAUCGUACACAAAAUCCUGGUCAGGACUAUAUUGGUAUGCGAGUGGACGGCAAUAUUGAGGUCACCAACAUCGACUUCUGA